AUGUGUCCGCCACACCCCGCCGAUCCCGAGCCGGCGAGGGGUCCAGGCCCCGAUCCCGGUCCGGACCCCAACCAGCGCCAGCUGCUCCGGGAGCUGCUCACGACGUACGCGGACCUGAACGGCAGCGUCGUCGAUGAGCUGGACGAGGAGCCCAGCCCGCUCGAGUUCAUGCGCUACGUGGCGCGCAACACGCCCUUUGUCGUGAGAGGCUGCGCGUCGGGCUGGGAGGCCUUGCGGCGGUGGGAUCGGAGGUUCUUGGUCGAGGCUAUGAGGGGGAAGAAGGUCAAUGUUGCCGUGACCCCGAGAGGAAAACAACAACCUACACGACGAAUACGCCCCCUCCUCCCGCACCUCCCCACCACCGUCCCCUUCGCCCGCAUCGCCCUCGACCGCGCCCCCGACGCCCUGAACCUCUGGAUCGGCAACUCCCGCUCCGUCACCGCCACCCACCGCGACGGCUACGAGAACCUCUACGUCCAGGUCCGCGGCCGCAAGCACUUUGCCCUCCUGCCCGCCCUCUGCGCCCCCGCCCUCGCCGAGGUGGCCCUCCCCCGGCCACCCGGCGAGGGGCCCGAGCCCGCCGGCGUCCCUUUCCCCACGUGGGAUCCCGACGGGGUGGCCGUCGGAGGCCAGGAAGGGGUCCGGGGAGGGGAACCGUCGCGGGCAACGAGUUCGCCGAGCUCGUGGAGCCGCACCGAUGACGAGGGCUUCGUUCUCGCGGUAAACUACUGGUACGACAUGGACUACAGCGGGUCCUUGUACCCCCUUACCAACCUAGUCAGGAACAUGAGCUUUGCGCAGCGCCGGCCCGGUUGA